CGCAAACAAUCAGCUGUGAGGGACCGGAAUUGUCCUACUGCCUAGGGAAACUGGGUAUGGCAGCUAUUGCAGCGACGGGAAAGGAUGCGUAUCGUGAUGGCGAAAUUCCUGUACAACAGCAAGGUGAUGGAGACGGGUUGGAGGAGACUACAUCUAGUACCCCUUCGGCUGACACAAGAACUAGUGUAGAGGAACGGCUGAUUGCGCAACGUGAACGUUUAGCAAUGCUGUUAGACGAGGGUGCGGAUGCGGAAGACGUACUGAGAGUGUUCAUCUUCUCUACUUUUUUUCUACUGAAUGAGUAUUGUGUUGAUCAUGUGCUUCUACAUAUCUCUAUCGUCAAUUCAAAAAAGAUAAGUGAAUUCUGUAGCAUGCAUGCAAGCAGUAUCUUGAACUUGCUGUUCGUCAGGCAUAUCAUAUAUUCAAUGGUCGUUCAGUAUGCUGAAUCAAACUAACCAAAACGAUGACCUCCAGGGCGAGACGAUAAAUCUUGGGCUGAAACUGAAUCAAGCGUGCCUGAGGGAUGAGUAUUCGGAUGGAAGUAUCUUCGGUAUCGAUAAGAUGAGAGACGCAGGCGCAGCAGUUUUGAUGUCUUCAGAAGCUGGCAGAAAAAGCACUGCCAGAGCCUCAUUGUGGGACAUCGCUCGAUUUGCCUGUGAGCAGUGGCAGAACCUAGUACGUCGCAUCUUAAUGCCAAUGAUCUAUGUGUUGUAUCCGGAUAAGACACCGUUGUGGUGGUCUACGAAUAGAGCAGUAGCCCUUAAUGUUGAACAAGAUGAUGUGACGUCCUCGGAUAGCAACGAGAAACCACUUUCAAAACUAGACAAGAACAACAUCGAGAUUCUAGUCCACGAGUAUCGAGCGCAUACGUGGGAAUCCGCGGUGGUGAACGGUGAACCCUACAACGGCGACCUGUUUCAGUACGCGAGACACAUAUUCUUGCAGAAAACAUCUUCGACGGAUGGACAGGGUAGUACUAGCAUAGAUAGCGAGAGCGAUAGCGAAUCCAGUGCUGGUGUAGGCGUAGGGGGACGACCAAACGACAACGAGGGAGAACAAGAGCAGGGUAAAAGUAAGGCUGGUGCAAGAGGCGUAAUAUAUACAGGAGAUGAAAGUAGUGGCAGAAUAGACUUACUUCCUGGUAUCGGGCGAGACGAUAUAGCGGUAGGUGGUAGUUCAGAUUCAGGCUUACUUGCGUCGGAGUCUUCAGUGGCUAGUGCUAGUUUGGGGAGUGCAUUGCGAGAGCAAACGCCAUUUCAACGAGAAAAGGAAAGACUUUUGACAUCUCUUUUGGUCGAAGAAGACAAGGACGGAUCAUCAGGUGCAGCUUUAGGAGAGAAGAUCAACCAGCUUCCGAUCAACCAGCUUCCUCGUUUGCCAUUACAAGACGCAGCUAGUCGUCCUUGCGCAACCGACUUGUUGCCUGUGAAAGCGAUAAAGAUUGUGCAGGCUGCUGACGCGGAAUUAACAAGAUUGCGAAGAAAAUACGAAAAAUUGACGUUCGAGUCACUGCAAGAAGAAACAUCUACAGGAGAUGAACUUCUACAGGAAGUCCUUGAAGAAAUACAAGAAGAUGGUACUACUGAUUUCCCUUUCACUGUUCCCUCUAGUGCUAAGGACUUGGAGGUCUUGGUGCAAAUAAUGGAGAUCUUCUCUGAUCACGAGGACAAGCUUUCAGCCAUUCGACGUGCCACAAGUGUGGCACUGCCCUAUGAACUCAACCUGAAAGAGGAUGACCACCAGUCUGGAGGUUCCGGUUCCACGCAGAGCAACAAAGACAAGGAAACACUCCUCCUGACUGCAUCCGAUCUGUCCUUCCUUCUGUUACGAAAGGCUUAAAUUGAGAAUUUGAACGUGAAUGUGGAUUCUAGAUCUAGGACUGGAGUUCUUAUUAAAAAAAUCCACCAUUAAAAACCUGUUUUUCUCUUAAGAAUAUGACUUAAUCUGUUAUUGAGUUUUUCUCUUAAGAGGACUUCUAUGUCUUUCACUUUCUAAUGAUCGACCGCCUUGCUGGAUCCCGUUCUCUCUCAGGCGUCGUAACUUCCUUAGUUCGACAGUCUUCACGCUUCCAUGCGCGGUUUCGUGCUCUGAAUGAAAUGCGAAGGCGAGCUACAGAUGGGCGCGUCCGACAGGUGCAGGAACUACAGAAAUUCAUCAAUGAAAAACUGUUGGAUUUGGAAGAACGAAGUACUUCUCCAACAGAACGAGUAUUAUUAACGGAACGUCUUCUAGUGGAUCUGAGGACUGAAGCGAACGUAGACAUUCAAAAUUUGGUAGAGCAUUUCGUGAGACCGGAAUUUGAUCGAUUGGAUACGUUUAGCUUUGAUUUCCACAAGGAGGAAGUCAGUAAGUUGCGGGCGAGUCUUCGGGAGUUUCGAGGACAUUUAUGGAUGAUAAUUUAAUGCAGGAAGAGCUUGCUAUUACUGCGUAGCUUAUCUCUCCGGAUGGAAGGAGUCCGUAAACGUAUACCCAUCAUUUUGAUUUUCCCGACUGGGAAGCUUCAUUACUUCCAUAGCGAUAGCAUGAUCAUCGGGGUAUUGCCUCAGCCUCGAUAAUUCAUGAUAAAAUUCCCAGAGAUCCCCGAUUCCAACGUCCAAGCAUGUGCUGGAAAAAACUGAACACCUCUAAAACACAUCGUUGCCCUCGCUUCCAGAGUUGGCAAUCUGAUGGACGCAGUUGCAGCCGUCUACUAUGAGCGACUUGCGCCUCUCCUCCGCAAGGGCUGCGAGAAGGAUAUCUGCAAUCGCAACAUAGCUAGAGCCAAAGUAGAGGACGCGAAAAUGGUCUACAAACAUAACAGGACUACAACAAGAACAUCUUCAAAUGUUGCUGAAACAACAUCAGAUUCGGAAGAGGCACUUGGAGGUGGACUUGCAACUACUACGUCUUCUCCUACUUUUAUGGGUGUGUAGGGAAUUCAUCCCCACAGGAGUCAUCUGGAAGAGGAAAAAGACAAGAGGAAAAAGGGACAACAACAGAUGAGAUCCCUGAGAUGAAUUCCCGAUAUCUUUAGUACUUCCACUCUUUCCACCAAGCUGAUCCUCCCCUUUUGUCCUGCCCUUCGACGUUCGCCAGGCUUGAGGAUGGCUGAGUCGCACCUGUGGCCUCCGCCGUUGCGCAUUCCGAAAGUGUUUACUGCCGAUUUGUUGUUAUAUGGCAAAGCCCUCAAGAAAAACGCAUUCUAUAUGCAAAAGACGUCGUCAGACGAUUGGGCUGCGGAUCUAGACCCAGAGAAUCCAGCUUAUACGAAGAUUAUGGCUGCUGCUGGUAUCUCCUGUAUCAAUUUAUUCAAUAAUUUUGAUUCUUUCACGAUCACAUUGACGGCAACAAGAAGGGCAAGAUUGAUUUUUCCAGUGUCGAAAAAUCAAUAUCAGGAGUAGGUGCGACGUACAAACAUGAUACAGAUAUUCUUUUGACGCUAGACAAGAUCAUGAGGACAUUUAUGCUGUACGCGUUCUUCAAGCGCUAACAAAAGUCGCGGUGCAACAUCUUCCCAGGUCAAGUCGAAGACUUCAAAUGACGAGAUGCGUGAGGAGACGUCGAAGUGGGAUGGGAACGUGUUUGAGGAUCUUUUGUCACCCAACAAAAACCGCCUCAAACCAAAAAAUGCUGCAGACACCAUUCGCAAUCGCCUGUUAGAGAACAUCGCGAGUGGUAAAGCCGUUUCAGGAGAUUACGCACUAGAUCGCUGGACCGAUGAAGACCUACUCUUCCUUGACCGGGUAAACGAGACUGUUAGCAGCUACAAACGCGAUAGUGUCUUUUGUCUAGAUGCAGUGUUGUUGAGGAUGGAACUGAAUACCAAUAGUACGGGAGGUGCUAGUAAACAGAAACAAAGAGAAAGAAGUACCACUAGUACUACUACUAUUAAAGCAGACCACGAAGUACAAGAGCGCAUUGGCAUCCUAGGAAGUGAGCAGCCUUGGAUGGAAGUCGUGCUUUUGUAUCGACGGCCGAACGCGACAAUCAUCACUGUCGAUUAUAGAAAGCCAACAUUUACCCGAUAUCCGCAUCCGAGAUGGCGAUUCCUGCCGUUUCAUGAUUUGCUACUGCGUUAUGAAAGAAAAUCAAAAGUUUCGUUGAACAGUAAGAUUAAGAUGGUUAAGCAAAUGCUAGAACUAGACUAGAUCAUUGUUUCUUUCAGGUAGGAAUACUAGGAUACAAUCUGCCUGUAGUACCAGAAGAUCUCCUUUCAUGUCCCGGAAGACGCCUCGACCACUCUGGACACCACAAACCAAGACGAGAACGACACCCUUCUCGACGUCGAUGCUUGGUUUAGCUUCUCCUCUAUUGAGCAUGCUGGUCUCGGCAGAUACGGGGAGCCUUUAAACCCUUGGGCUGACGUUCAAACAUUGGCACUGUUGUGGUGCCAUACACGGGAAGGAGGAUACUUUUAUCUCGGUCCCAACUGCGUUGACAGUUGUGGUUGGCUAGCAGAGACGUACCAAGACGUGGUUUACUUCAACGCGGGUCGCGACUAUGGGCGUGCUGGGUGGGCAAGACUGACAAUGAGCUGGAUUGCGGAUUUGGGGAAGAGCUCGCCUUUCCUUGACCGUGGUAAAAAAGCGAAAAGCAGUGCGGGAUACGUCGCAUUGUUGAAACAAAGCUAAAGAGAUGUGACGUCGCUCUUGAAGAUCACGACAUUGACGUGAGCGGACGCACCUCCUGCACAAUAGAGGAUAUAAGCGUAGGGCGGAAAGAAAGAGAUCUAUUAGGAAAACGAAAACCGAUUAAUGAAAAAAACUAAAACUCUUGAAUCUAUGUCCAGCCUCGUCUUCAGACAAACAGUAUCGACACAGAAUACAGAACAGGAAAAACGCAACUUUUCAUUUACGAGUUUAAUGACACUACUAGUACUACGAGACGAGACGAAACUAAUGUUCUUGAAGGUGGAUUUCUUCACAGCUACUAGUUCAGCUUACAACAGUUUCAAACUGAAGUUCUCAAUAUGCUUCGACUUUGAUCGAAUGAAGGAGCCACGUGUCAGCCGAUGUUGUUGUCUUACAUCGAG